UGGGCGUUUUCUUCAGCCCCACACAUACACACACACACACACGCUCCUGCGUCCCCUACUUAAUGAUCCUUGCUCUCAGUUAUGAAAUCGUGAUCUUUCCCACACAUGCUCAUACGUUCUUCUGGACCACGUACAUGCUAGCAGAAUGCCACCCAUGCUCUCAGGAUUACUGUCACUCCUGCUGGACCUAACCUUAAUUUCGGGUCAGAUCGCAGAAGGCACCUUGAAUAGAUCUGAAGAUGUGGUUAAGAACUUCACGACCCAGUUUCACAAUGUUUCGCAAAUUUCCGCUGUGAGUGGAACCUUAAUCACAGAAAACACGAAAGACAAUGCCACUCAUGAAGAUCAAGUGGCUUUCCAGGAUCAGGACAUCAUACAUCACUAUAGAAACUGUGAUGAAACAUUGUUCAUAAUGAUUGGAAAAGUAUAUUGCAUAGUCGACUUUGAUACCCACAUGAUCAACCUGAGGCAAGAGGACUGGUGUGAUUGGGAGAUGGUGCUCGGUAAUUACAAUAAUCUGACCUCCUGCAUGGAGAUUGGGGCUAGGCUGGCACAUUGUUACUACCCAAACACCAUUGUGCAGGAGAUGUUUGUGGAAAUCCAUAACCAAUACUUCAGCUCGUGUGUCACUAAAGAGGACGCUUUCCCAGAUGCCCCACCAAGGGUUGUCCUCGUUCUCACCCUGCUGCCCGUCAGCGUCAUUCCCAUACUGGUCUACAUGGUCAUCUGGAAGAGUAGCGUCAUUGACUGAGAAACACAAACCCACACAAUUUCAUGCUAUUGUUUGCACUUCACUUGAAAAUUGUAUGUACUUCAUUUGAAAUACACCAAAACAUGAAAUGUUAAAGCAAUACACUGUAACACAAUGUAAUGUACUAUAUAUAGGAAGUCUGGUUUUACUUCAAAUAAAAAAGUCCAUUACCAAGAACUUCUAAUGAAAUAAUAAUAAUAAUAAUAAUAGCAUAAAAAACUGAAGAGAGCUGAUCAGUUAGGUCAGUGAUGCUCAUCUGUCUGCACUGUCUCAGAGAUCGCUGCUGCUGACUAAGCACUUGGUGCCUGAAAUGAGUACAUGUACAUGUGACUGGAGUAGAUUUGAAAAAAAAAAAAAUAUUAGAAGCUAGUCAUUAUGAGACAAGAAUUCAUCACCAGCAGCCGUUUGUUAUCCAUCACUUUGAAUGAAAUAUAUAUCACAACACACAAGCACUAGAAUAAAAACUAAAGUAAUUUGAUUCUGAUUUCAGUUUUACACAAGAAUCUCUCAAAGAGCUAGGAGGAUAUUAAUAUGAAAAUUAAGUAAUGAAUAAAAAGAACCAACUGAGGCAAAAUCUGUAUUAAUUUAAGAUUCUUGGUAGUCGGUUAGUUUUUGGUUUGUGUUAUUGGUGUAAACUGUAAUUGCAAUUAAGCUACACUACUUCAGUUAUGAUUUUAGAGUGAAUUAUUCAAUGUAUUUCAAUGCAUUUUUUUUUUUUUUUGUAUUUGAAUUUUUUGAAAGCAUUAAAUAUAUGGAAACCAA